AUGUUCGCCCGGACUACAAUCUCUCGGGGCACCCCCCAAUGGCUCUCAGCAGUCUCUAACCAGCGCCGUGGAAUGGCUGCUGCCGUCGCAAACCCGUUCCACUACUCGGUCGCCGAUGCCACCGGGAUUAAGGUUACCAGCAGGGACGACGGCGGCCCUACUACGAGCCUUGCUAUUGUUGCUCGCGGUGGAAGCAGGUACGAGAGUGCCCCGGGUGUUGCUCACGCUUUGGAAAAGUUUGCUUUCAAGAGCACCACAAAACGUUCCUCGUUGCGUCUCCAGCGUGAAUCCGAGCUUCUCGGUGGUACUCUGUCUUCCUCUCUGUCCAAGGAGAACAUUGUCCUCCGAGCAAAUUUCUUGAGAGAUGACCUCCCAUACUUUGUUGAGGCCCUCGGGGAAGUCCUUACAAAGACCAAAUACACUCCCCACGAAUUCGACGAAGAAGUGUCCGAGACGAUCUCAUACGAGCUCCAUAACCAUGCCCACACCGCUUCAAGCAUUGCGCUUGAGAAUGCUCACAACGUCGCUUUCCACAAUGGUCUUGGGUCACCCACCGUUGCCCUGACCAAGAAGUACCUCAACGAUGUCACCGUUCCAUCAUACGCCGCCUCUGUGUACACUCGCGGCAACAUCGCUAUUGUCGCUUCUGGAGCGCCCCAAGCUGCCCUUGAGAAGUGGACUAAGGAGUUCCUCGCUGAUGUCCCCGCCGGCAACGGUCCUUCCACCACCCCCGCUAAGUACUACGGAGGUGAGAAUCGUGUCUACACUCCUGUAGGAAACGCCCUUACCAUCGCCUUCCCUGGCAGUGCUGGCGCCCCCAAGUUCCAGCCGGAGUACACUGUCCUUGCCUAUCUCUUGGGUGGACAGUCCACCAUCAAGUGGAGCACCGGAUCUUCACUGCUUUCUCAGACCACUGCUGGGAUUCAAGGCGUAUCUGCUGUGGCCAAGCACUCCGCCUACACCGACGCCGGUCUCCUCCACAUCACAAUCUCUGGACCCGCAUCAGCGUUGAAGUCGGCUGGAACCGCGGCGGUUAAGGCGAUCAACGAGUUGGCUAAUGUCAAGGCGGAGGAUGUCAAGAAGGCUAUUGCCCAGGCGAAGUACGAUGUCCUUGCGGCUAUUGAGGACAGGUCUAUCGGUUUGGAGGUUAUUGGACAGGCUGUUAUUGCUAGUGGGAGUGCGCCACAGGUGGCGGACACUGUUAAGGGUUUGGAAGGUGUCACAUUGGAUGCUGUGAAGAAGGCUGUCAAGAGCAUUCUUGGCGGAAAGGCUACAUACGCUGCUGUCGGAGACGUGCAUAUGUUGCCAUAUGCGGAGGAGCUUGGAUUGAAGGUUUAG